UUAUCAUAGGAAGUGGCAUCGCACGAGCUAUAGGAAUACUCACGCGAGCUCGCGCGCUUGUCUUUUGCCUCCAGUCACCUACAACACCCAUCCGCCUUGCCCUGCAGCACCCCGCUCCGCAGCACCAUUGGCACCGUCCUCUUUACCAUUGAUACGCUAGGGUAUCAGAGACAUCUGCCGCAUGCAGCGAGCUGCUGCCGGACUCCCGUCGACGGGAGGAGUACCAGGAGUGGCCUGCGCCUGCGGAGCGUGUACGUUGGCGCCCAUCUUGCGUGGCCCCGCGCCGCUGACAGCGCAGCAGGUGCUGGCCGCACCACCCGUGCGUCGGGCCACAGCCCUGCGGUCGCCGCGCCGCGGUUGCGCCACGGAACGCCUCUGGAUUGCCAAACGCACCUUAAAUGUUUCCCAACCCACCGGGGUAGCAGCCGCAGCGGCGCAGCAGCCGGCAGUGGGGGUUUCGCCAGAGGAGAUUCAGUGGAACGAUGUGGUGGAGUACCGCCUGCCCCAGCCGCUGGGCGGUGCCACCCUGGGUUUGGGCCGGGUGGAGGAGAUGGAGCUGGAGGCGGGGCGGGUCACACUGGCACCCCUGGAGCUGGAGCCGGACGACGAGGAGUGGUGGGCGGAGAGCCACGACACCCAGCCGCAGGUGCUGCCAGCCGCGUGUGUGGUCCGCGUCCUGGAGGUGGAGUUCUCUCAGCGGCAGGACCGGGAAGGCAACCCGCAUGGCGAGCACGCGCACGACGUGUACCGGCUGCUGUCACCCGCGACGCCAGGGUUGUACCGGGGCCCACGCACGCUGUCCGUGAUGGUCAGGGCGCCGGAUGGCGGCGCCGAGGCGGCAGCUUGAGUGGAGAGGCGCGGCUUCGGGUCCGAACCAUGCGAGGCAUUGGUGCAUGUGGGAAAGCUGACCCUGAGCUAACGUCCAAAUCGUGUCCGUAUUGCAAGUGUGGCAAAGAUGUACCGAGUAGGGCAGGCCGCAGGCGAGAAGCGCGACAAACUGGAAGCUUGGUGUCGCCGAGUGUGGAUCGAGGAUUCUCACGCCUGCACGUGUCCGUGUAACUGAGUAGUUGC